AUGGUAUGUAUGGGCACCCCCGUCCUGACCCCCGUCCUGACCCCCGCCCAUCCCCCUGCCCCAAAAUGGCCAGCUGCCCCCUGUACCCCCGCAGGGGGGGACCUCCUGGGUACCCAUAGAGCUACGUCUAAGGGUGUUCAGCAAGAUGGUGCAUCUUGCCACACCGCAAAGUCAACCAAACAAUGGCUUGAGCGACACAAGAUCCCCCUUUUCCCCCAUCCGGCCUCGUCUCCCGACAUCACCCCGAUCGAGCCCAUAUGGCACGAGCUUAAGAAGCGUGUCAGAGCCCACAACCCACGUCCAACAUCGUUCGAAACCCUCAAACAAGCCAUUCUCGAGGAAUGGGAAGCCAUGCCCAUGGAGGACAUCAACAAGUAUGCACUUCACAUGCGUGAGCGUGUAGAGGCCAUUUUAGAAGCCAAUGGUGGUCAUACAAGGUAUUAG